AUGAGAUCUAUAAGGUUGCGAUGUCUUGUAAAGCAGCUAGAGAGGGGAGAGGCAUCUGUGGUGGACCUGAAGAAAAACCUGGAGUAUGCCGCCUCAGUCCUUGAAUUUCUAUACAUGGAGGAAGCAAGGCGGCUGGUGGAUCCAGAGGAUGAACUGAGUGACAUCCAGUCCGACUCAGUGCCUUCAGAAGUUCGUGAUUGGCUGGCCUCCACUUUUACCCGGCAGAGGGGCCUGAUGCUGCAUCGUAAUGAAGACAAGCCUCGCUUUCGCAGCAUAGUGCAUGCAGUGCAGGCUGGCAUCUUUGUGGAGAGGAUGUACAGACGAACUUCCAACAUGGCUGGUCUCAGUUAUCCCCCAAAUGUCAUCACUGCGCUCAAGCAUGUGGACAUGUGGUCCUUUGAUGUGUUUGCACUCAAUGAUGCUAGCGGCGACCACGCUCUGAAAUUUGUCUUCUAUGAACUGCUCACCAGAUAUGACUUGAUCAACCGUUUCAAGGUCCCUGUUUCUGCUCUCAUUUCAUUUGUGGACUCUUUGGAGGUGGGCUACAGCAAACACAAGAACCCAUACCACAACCUGAUGCAUGCUGCUGAUGUCACCCAGACCAUUCAUUACCUGCUCCUUAAGACUGGCAUGGUGCACUGGCUAACUGAGUUGGAGAUCUUUGCCAUAAUUUUUGCAGCUGCCAUCCAUGACUUUGAACAUACAGGAACCACCAAUAACUUCCAUAUUCAGACUAGGUCAGACACAGCCAUGUUGUACAAUGACCGAGCUGUUCUGGAGAACCACCAUGUCAGCGCUGCCUAUCGUCUUAUACAGGAUGAUGAUGAAAUGAACAUCUUCUCCAAUCUCUCCAAAGAUGACUGGAGAGAUCUGCGGACUCUGGUAGUAGAGAUGGUGUUGGCCACUGAUAUGUCCUGCCACUUCCAGCAGAUCAAAGCCAUGAAGAGCUUCCUGCAGCAGCCUGAUGCGAUUGACAAACCCAAGGCCUUAUCCCUGCUGCUGCACACUGCUGAUAUCAGCCACCCUGCCAAACGGUGGGACAUCCAUCACCGCUGGACCACAUCUCUGCUGGAGGAGUUCUUCAGACAGGGUGAUAAAGAAGCAGAGCUAGGUCUACCUUUCUCCCCUCUCUGUGACCGCAAAUCCACCAUGGUGGCCCAGUCCCAGAUCGGAUUCAUUGACUUCAUCGUUGAGCCAACAUUUACCGUGCUGACGGACAUGAUCGAGAAGAUUGUGACACCGCUCAUUGAGGAGGCAUCCCACUCUGGACUGCCUGGCUUCAGACGAUCCAGUGUCAACAGUAUUAGUGGCAGUGAUGGAAAGCAUUCCAAUGUGAAGAGUACAGGCUCAGAGGGCAGCUGCUCUUUGACCACAGUGGACUUCAAAAGCUUCAAGGGCACAUGGAACCAAGAAAUUCGUCACAACAGGGAUACAUGGAAGGCCCAAGCAGCCAAAGACCUGGAGGCAAAUGCCAAGACGAAGGCAGAGGAGGACGGCCAGGGAGAGAAGGAGACAAAAGAGGAGAGAGAGUCAAAGAGACUCAACACAGAACAGGAUGAGAUGAAAACAGACAUGGAGGAACAGGAGGAGGUUGAGAACAGGAGGCAGCAGGAGAAGCGGCAACCUAAAGAGGAGAGAGGACACAAUAAUCCAGGAGGGGCUGCAGGCUCCCUUCAGGGAUCAGGUCUAAAUCACACAGACAAGAAGAAGCCUGACGGAGUGAGACUGCUGAAAGCGGAGAAGCAGAUGGUCCACUUAGAAGAUGAGGAAAAGGAUGUAAAGGAUUAA